AGCAAAAUGCAGUCCACGGAGAGCAAUCAAAUCUAUCGCCACAAGAAAUUUGAUUUUGGGCGAUCCUCGGCAGACAAAACCGAUCUGCUCCUAAAGGAAGAGCUCAUCUCCCGCACUGGAACGCCCUACAGCAGUCGCAGCGCUUACGAUGAGUGGGAGGAGGAGGAGCACAGCACCAGCCGCUGUUCCAGCGAGUAUGGAAGCACCUAUCUGCCGCUGGCCAAGCGCCGACGCCUGGACACAUCGACCACAGCAUCCUCAACCGCAUCCUCCUCGCACUCUCUGACCUCGAUCAGCGCGGCCGCUCUGCAAAACAUCUGCAAAUAUCACGGAAACAUGGUGCGGAAGUUUCCCAAGAAGGAGCGCACGCCCAAGGAUCAGGAGCGGCGGAACAAGAACACCAUUGCCUGCCGCAUGAGUCGCCGCGUGAAAAAACUCGAGCAUUUGGCCAUCGAGGAGCAGUACAACGAGUUCUCCAGCCAGCAUCUCAAAAUUGCCGAGCAGAGCAUGCGAGCCUGUGUGUAUCUGAAUCACCUCCAGCAGCUGGUCCAGCAGGAGUCCAAGGAAACGAAAGGCCCAGCAACAACACCUAAGCCGCCGCAGAAGGUUCCAAUGGCUGCGAAGAACUUCAGCAUCGAAUAUCUGAUCGGAGCGAUGCAACGGGAGCAGUGCAGCUACUCCGAGGCCACUCCCGCCUUAAUCACUGUGUGAUUACAUUACUUGAUUUAAGUAUUAGCUUAAAGCUUGUUUUAAGUGUUAUUUUGUAAGUUUCUUCAAGAAAUGAAUACGUUUGAAAUUAGGGACUUAGUUUUUUAGGAUCUUAGCCAUAAACCCCUUACUAUCUGAUUAUGAUUCGAUAUGAGUAGAACCCAUAUAUAGUAAUAAUGGACUUGUAUUACUUGCAGCAACGUUUCUUUAAGAGAUAAAAAUUCUGAUCCAUGAUACUUGGCUUUAUUAUUAAUCCUUUUUAGGAGCACACUCGUACUUAUAUGUCAUCGGGUUGAGCCGCAAUCUGUCCAUACCGACCGGUGGCAUAGAUCUUCUUCUC